UUUCGAGUUUCUAAAAUGGCAUCAGAAGCUUCAGCUCUGGAGCUGAUUAGGCAACACCUUCUGAAUGAAUUUACCACAAUGGAUAGCUUCAUCGCUAGUCUCGACCUUUGCACCUCUGUCCCCCAACAAGAUGAAAUUGCCCAAUCACCCUUUAACACAACUUCCUCCUCCUCGUCUACCACCACCAACGGUGGUAGUGAGUCUACUGACCAAUAUUUCAAAAUCUCUGAUUACUUAGUCCCAGAAAUUGAUCAAGACACCGAAUUCGAAACCAAACCCCAAAUCUCCCACCCAAAACCACCAAAACACUCGACUCUCAGCCACCGCAAGCCCCCCAUAAACGUGGCAAUUCCAUCCCCACCACCUCUGUCUUCUUCUUCUGCUGAUGAAGAUCACAACACAUCGAACACUUCCACUAUGGUUGAAGCUGCUGCAAGGCACUACAGGGGUGUGAGGAGAAGGCCGUGGGGAAAGUACGCGGCGGAGAUUCGUGAUCCAAACAGAAGGGGUUCCCGGGUUUGGCUCGGAACCUUCGACACCGCCGUUGAAGCGGCCAAAGCUUACGACGUUGCUGCUUUCAAUCUGCGUGGAAGCAAAGCAAUUCUCAACUUUCCACUUGAAGCUGGAAGAUCAGCAGAACUCCCAGCCGAUCAUCCUCUGCUGGCCAGCAGGAAAAGGAGGAGAGAACAUAGCACUGAAAUUCAUGAGAAUUCUGGUGAGAUGAUCAGAAACAAAGAGAUAAAGAAAGAGGAGGAUGUUCAGGAGAUGAAAAGCUCCGCCCAAGAGAGAGUUUCGACCGCCGUUUGCCCAUUAACACCGUCUAGUUGGGCGGCGGUUUGGGAUAUGAGCAAAGAAAACGAACAGGGGAUUUUCAGUGUGCCUCCUCUGUCUCCGUUAUCUCCUCACCCCAAUUUCAUGGGAUAUCCUCCGCUCAUGGUUAUUUGAAUUUUUAAUUUCUUGGGUAUCAUUCUUUGAUUGCCAGAGUUUAAAUUUGUAUCGUCCAUCUGCAAAAAAGCAUAAAAAACGGGGUAAUGUAAAUAGUUCAGACCAGCACGUAUUGAAGAACUCAUAUUGUUUUUUUUUUAAUUUGAUUUGUUUAUUUAUUCCUUUAAUCUUUUUAUAAUGAAAUGCAAUUUUAUAUGAA